AUGGCACCCAGCGAUGGCCGCCGUGUCCCCACCCUGGUGCCCGCGGCCACCGCCGUGUCCCCACCCUGGCGCAUCCCCCGAGCGCUGCAGUGCCCACGGGAGCUGCGGGAGCUGCAGGAGCAGCUGGCCUGGCAGCGGGUGCGGGUCGAGGUGGACGCGAGCGAGCCGGACCUGGCAGCUGCCCUGCGCCACAUCCGCAGCCAGCACGAGGCCACGGCCAGCAACGCCCGGGAGGCCAAGGAGUGGUACAAGUCCAAGUUUGCAGAUUUGACGGACGCGGCCGCCCGGCACGCCGAGGCCUUGAGGGCGGCCAACAAGUACCGGCGGCAGCUGCAGGCCCUCACCUGCCACCUGGAGGCUCUGCGGGGCUCGAAUGAGUCCCUGGAGAGGCAGCUGGAGGAGCGCUGUGCCCUGGAGACGGCCGGCUCCCAGGACACGGUGCUGCGGCUGCAGGAGGAGAUGCACAGCCUCAAGGAGGAGAUGGCCCAGCACCUGCAGCAUUACCAGGAGCUGCUCAGCGUCACGCUGGCCCUCGACAUGGAGAUCAGCACGUACCGCAAGCUGCUGGAGGGCGAGGAGAGCAGGAUCACCGUCCCCGUGCAGAGCUUCUCCAAGCUGCAGAUCCGAGAGACCAGCCUGGACACCAAAUCUGUGACAGAGGCCCAUGUGAAGAGGAGCAUCAUGGUCAAAACCGUGGAGACCCGAGAUGGAGAGGGGAACCUCGUGCAGGUGAAAAUGGAGAAGAGAGGGGUGCAGAGGAGGAGAAGGAAGGUGUUGGGGGAGCCUGUGAGGGUCUCACAGCACAAGGUGCCACCUGCAACCUUGGCUGCAGCCACUGACCUGAGCCGACCUGCCUGA